CGGAUAGAGUUAGGUUAGCUAAGCUAGCUACCUGUCUGUUCUGUCUUUCUCAAGGUCCAGACAUGUCGAGAAACCUGAGAAUAACACUCAUAUUCGGGGGCUUCGUAACCGCAGUGACUGCAGCUUUUUACCCGAUAUUCUUCCACCCUCUUUCUCACAAAGAGGAGUACAGGGAGAUCCAGAAAAUCAACCGAGCUGGAAUCAAUCAAGCAGAUAUUCAGCCUGCUGGAGUGAAGGUCUGGUCAGAUCCAUUCAAACCGAAGUCAUGAUGUGAUGCAAGGCAGUAGCAGAAACAGAUGGGAAAAGAGAUUCAUGAACAUAAAGACAUCAUUGCAAAUGUCUGGGACAUUAUGCACUUCUCACUUCAGUGUGACUGAAUGAACCAUUUAACAUGCAAGCGAGUGAAAGAAGCUUAUUCCCUGGAAGACUCCUAAUUUUCCCUGUUUAGUUUUCUUGGCUGUAACACGUUAACACUCAUUCAGUCUUUGAUAGCUGGCCUGUGUAUUACAGGAAAAAUGGUACAAUUCUGGAGUAAGGCCAUCAUCUGGAAAAAGUUACAUUGGGGGAAAAAAUCAGUAAUAUGUAAUACCUGCCACAAUAUUGUGUCAUUCAUUGUCAUAUGUUGUAAUGUAUAGAAUGAUUUAUUCCUGAAUGAAAUAAAAUGUGAUUUUUGGAA